AUGCCACCAAAAAUAAAAUCUGUCAAGCCAUUCAAAUAUGAAAGGAGUGGUCUAAGUAAGUUUAAAUUCGGUGCACAUGUUGGAAUGUCCGGUGGAAUUUCAAACGCGGUACUCAACGCCAUGGACAUUGGUGCCAACAGCUUUGCAUUGUUUCUAAAAUCACCACGAAAAUGGGUUUCUCCAGAUAUUAAAGAGGAGGAGAUCAAGAAAUUUCAUGAACUAUGUGAAAAAUAUGGUUAUAAUUCGAGAACAGACAUUUUGCCACAUGGCUCUUACUUUAUUAAUUUAGGUAACCCUGACCCUGAAAAGGAAGAAAAAGCUUAUGGAUCAUUUCUAGAUGAUUUGAAAAGAUGUGAAAAAUUAAACAUUGGAAUGUAUAAUUUCCAUCCUGGUUCCAGUUUGGAUGGGGAUCAUAAAGAAUCGUUGGCACGCUUGGCUAAGAAUAUAAAUAAAGCAAUUGAGGAAACUGAAUUUGUUAAAAUUGUCAUUGAAAACAUGGCAGGUCAUGGGAACUUGAUUGGCUCUAAUUUGCAAGACAUCAAAGAUGUGAUUGAUAUGGUUGAAGAGAAAUCUAGAGUUGGUGUGUGUUUGGAUACAUGUCACUCGUUUGCUGCCGGUUACGAUAUCUCGGAUAAGGAGAAAUUUGAAGAUUUUUUAAAACAAUUUGACGAGAUAAUAGGAGCUGAGUACCUAAGUGCUAUUCAUUUAAAUGAUUCAAAAGCGCCACUCGGUGCAAAUCGAGACUUGCAUCAAAAAUUGGGAUAUGGCUUCUUGGGAUUAGAGGUUUUCCGAGUGAUUGCCAAUAGUGAUAGAUUAAAAAACAUUCCAAUUAUUUUAGAAACUCCAGUGGGAAAUGAUGACUCGGUUUAUGGAGAAGAGAUCAAAUUAUUAGAGUGGUUAGAGGGUAGACCUAUUGACAACCCUGAAUUUAUCGCCAAAAAGGAUGAACUUUCAAAACUAGGGAGCAAAGAACGUGCAGAACAUUUAAAGAAAUUUGAAGCAAAGAAUGCUAAAGCUGAAAAGAAAUCGGCUAAAAGAAAGAAUGGUGAAGAUAUUAUGAGUGCUCUUACUAAGAAAGCCAAAAAAAAGGAAUAA